AUGUCGUCCAUAUUUGUGAGCGCGUACAAGCUGACACGGUCAACCUCAUCGCCGCCUCCAUACACCGUGGAUACCCACAUGGGGCCAGCACGGAAAUGUGGACAAAAAAGAGUUCAAUCUGAGCGAGCAGUCGACACACUGGACGACGCUUGCAGAGAGCGUCUCCUCCGUCCCGCGGCCGAAUACGAUGCCGAGAUCCUUCGCAUCAACAGCGACACCAGGAAAAAACAGUCGGCAGACAACACAAAGUAUGAUGGACUCAGAAGCCGAUACCGGAGUCAACUUGCCAGGAAACCACAAGAACUGGCUGCCAUUCUUUUGAUGACCAAUACUCAGGUCGACAACGCAGCCGCCCGCAUCAAGUCAAUUUAUAGUCGUCGCAAGACCGUCGCCCUUGGGAUACGUCGCCGGGCCACCGAGGCCGUCAACGAAUACCGUGCUCAUCGCCUUGUCUCUCUUCGCUCGGAUUUGGAGAUCAGGCUGAUCAGGAAAGCAGAGGACGAUCGACUGAGGGUGCAACAGCUGGAAUCCUCCCAUGCCAGGAAACUGCAACAGCAGAAAGAAACAGAGGCGCUCCAACAACACCAAGCCAGGAGACUGCAGCAGAAAGAGGAAAAGGAAGCACUCCGUCAACAACACCAAGCCAGGAGACUGCAGCAGAAAAAGGAAAAGGAAGCACCGUCAACAACACCAAGCCAGAAGACUGCAGCAGAAAAAGGAAAAGGAAGCACUCCGUCAACAGCACCGCUUGAGGCGGCGUCCAUGCGUGUAGUUCAGGACACACACGUCGACAACUCUACCCCUCGCGUCCUGUACUCGGACGGAUCUCUUCUGAACUCGGGAACGCUAGAAGUAUCCCAGGCCUUUGGAGUGGUGGAUCUCACUCAGGACAACCCUCUGACAGUACAAGGACGAACGGACGGUCACGCGUCCUCGGCCAAGGCCGAGCUCAUGGGUUUAUUAGCCGCAGUCUUGUCAGCACCUCCGGAACAGGACAUUGUGGUCAAGCUGGACAAUCAGUCAGUGGUGGAACAGUAUAGUCGCCUGGUGAAGAAUCGUCGGGACACCUUACCGAGGAAGCGAUUCAGGAGUACAUAUGCGGGUAUCUGGGCGGUGCUUUGGCAGGCUGUGGAAUCUCGGCCAGGCGGGGUUGAGGUGGUGUGGAUCAAAGGUCACAGCAACAUCCACGGAAACGAACUUGCGGAUCAGGCGGCGAAGGUGGCAGCACAGAGUGGUUCAGUGCCCUGGAUGGUGGAUCUCACUCAACAGACGGAUAUCACGACCUUUGCACAUUGUUACGGCGGGAUUGUUGAAAUCGAUCUACGUCAGCUCCUCAAACAACAAUCGACAAUCCGUCACCAUCAGGCCUGGACGUCACAGAGGCGGGUCAAGAGGGCGAUCCCUGACAUCGAUGACGUGGAAUGGAACUCGACCUUGGCUUAUGUCCACGACAGGCACGCAGUCUUCACCUUUUACAGCAACAGCAAGGACUCUCACCAACGCACACAUCAUAUCAAAAAGCUGCAUGGAAUGCUGCCCACUCUGAACUCCAUGCAGGCUCGCAAGCCCAACUUGUACCCAACAUGCGUGUGCCGAAGAUGCGAGCUCGAGAAGGAGGAUAACGAUCACGUCUGGAAAUGCCCUUCGGCAGCUGAGACCACCACUGAGAUCUGGAAGGAGGCCAUGGGCAAGAUUAAUGAGUGGGGUGUGCAGGCGACAAACAGCUACAACGCAGCCAGGAAGCGAGAAUACAAACGCGCGGUGGACAGAGGUCGUCAGGUACCGAGGCCAGUACCCAUACACUGGUGGCCCCCUUCGGAUGCGGAUCAUGUGCGAGGAUUUUCCUCCAUCGGUGGAGCUCGAGCUGUGCACAGCGGUAGUCCAGCUCCCGAUCGAGACGAGAAACCGAUGUGGAAUGUGUCGGAUCUCCUCCGCGGCAUCACCCCCUUGAGCAUGUUGACUGAAUGGUCCGCGGUCUUCCGGACCCCAAUGUCCAUCGCCAAGACAGUCCUUCACAAGUUUGUUGGCUACCUGGAGGCGCAGGCCUCGGAGCUGAUCUGGAAACCUCGGUGCUCCGAGACGAUCGCGUGGGAACAAAGCCAGGGCAUCUCUGCCAAGGACAAGACAUCCAAGUACACAGGCCCCCGAGGUGACUGGAGUCAAGGAUACGGUUACAUCACGCACGAUGGUUUCUCAGCGACAAUUGUUGCGCAGAGCCAGGUUCUGGACCGGACUGCGACUGGUGGAUGGUGCAUUGAAGAGUUUGGUCUGUAG